ACUGACGGUGCCCUAAAAUAAAUGCAAGGAGGCAUCAUUCAAAGUUGAAACAAGUGUCACCAAAAUAUCAUUAUUCUGGGGUCACGGUUGGAUAUUAAAUGACUCAAGAGUGGAACAUUUUCAAUUCAACGACUGAAAGGAGAUAAAAGCUCCGGACAGACCAGAGUUUCACUCGUUCAGAUAUUAUAACAAACUAUCAGUAGAGUUUAGGUCUGGUCUGGUGUAGCUUACACUAUCAUUUCAUCUAAAAUGCUACAUGAUAAAGUUCUUCCUGCAGCACUGAAGAUGCCACCCUGUGUGUCCUUUCAAGGAAGAGAGACUGGAGAAUGAAAGCGGGAUUUCUGCGUCUUUGAUCGGGCACAGAGGCGACAUACGGACAGCUUCUUCUUCUUUCUUUUUUUUUCUUUUUUUUUUGAUUGGUCCAAAAAAUAUUUUUGCGUGCCCCCUGGACUCCUGCACAAUGGGGAUUAUGCUUCAAGUUAUUCUAGGAAUGUUUCAAUUCCUGCUGCUCACCAGAAUACCGACGUCCCAUGCCAAGCUUGCUCACUGGCGGCCGGCUGACUCCCCCAAAUCCAGAGAUGCUCGAGAAGUGCGGCGGUGGUUGGAGGUGUACUCACGGAGUGGCUGCGAGCCUCGGGAUGCUCUGGUGGAGGUUUGGCAGGAGUUGCCAGGAGAGACGCACCACCUCUUUGUGCCAUCCUGCGUGUCGGUGAGGAGAUGUGGCGGCUGCUGUGCUGAUGAGGCCAUGGAGUGUGUUCCCCUGCUCACACACACAAUCACCAUGGAGCUAAUGAGGACGUCCUUCAUGAAACACGAGCUCGUUGAGCUGCCCUUCAUCGAGCACAGCCAGUGUGAGUGCAGAUUAAAAGAACAAUUCCGGCCAACGCCAAUUACACGGCCCCACCUGAAGCCAACAAGAAAAGAGAAGAAAAAGCUGAGGGGAAAGUCCAGACAGAAGACACCUGGAACCGUCAGAGCUGUGACCCCUGCCCCUCCGACCUCUACUCCCUUGUUCUCUCCUUCUCCAUCCCCUCUUCCCACCAGCUCCUCCCCCUCUCCCUUUCCUUUUCCCUCUCCUUCUUCCCCUCCUUCUCCCUCUCCGGGUCCUCGUUGUCAACCCUGCAGAGGGAGGAAGUGGGCAUUGGACACAAAGUCGUGCCAGUGCCACUGCACCAUCACUGCUGAGAGCUGCAGCCAGAAAAACCGGAGGCUAAAUCCCCAUCGCUGCAGGUGUGAUGCCAAGAGGACUUGAUGUGUCAGGCUGCUUCCCUUUUACCUCCUUCUCUCCACCAAAUCCCUGCUGAUUCACCCACUCUCAGCAUCAGUGCCAUGGAGCAUACAGACGCUUGGAUCAUCUAGUACCUCAAAACUGAAGGAAAUACCCACACGCAAGAAUCUGUAGUAGCACUCUUGAUAAGUAACAUAAGUGCAGCAUUACAACCUCAGUAUACUGUAGAUCUACAUCUGUGUGCAAACAUCUCACCACCUCCUUGCUUCUGUGGCAAAGCGUCUGUCAGUACAAAUGUAUAUGCGUCUGUAGACAUGUUGAUUCACAAAACACAUCCCAUGAGUGAUGGAAUGAAGGUGGCAGCAUAAUGGCAACUUUGAGAGAAGUUUUUAAAACCUUUCAUGAUGGACACAGAGCUGUCUUGCUGUUCUUCAGAGGUUGAACUCUUUUGAGUGACAGUUCAACUUCAGUAAAAGAAAACACAAAUAAUCACACCGUGAAGUUUUAUGCAGAUGUCCGACGUGUUGACGCUUCAGUGGAACAUGUGACAUGUUGUUGAAAUGCACGUGGAGACAGAUUCCAGGUUCAAGUCAAGGCCAGUGUUUUUGACAAACAACUGCAAACCAAGCAUAGGUGGACACAUACACACUCAGAUAUACCAGAAGGACAGAGGACAUGCACAUGAACUGGCACCCCUGCGUGCAUGGGCCUAUAGUCGAAGUGAAUGCGUGGAUGGAGUGUAUCUGUGUGGUCUCCCUGCUGAAAGACCCACAUGGGUUAUCCCUGCAGCCGUUCUCUCUCAUUCAAAGCAUAUGACCACGGGCUGGUUUUCCAAGCCACUUUCCAGCAUUUGUUUAAUUUGGGCCUUUUGUCUCCAUCUUUUCUCGGCUCCUCGAUUGAAAGCAGCCGCUUUGCCUCUCUUUGCAUCUCCUUUAGGCAGUGAGGAGAAUGACAAUAAUGAGGGCUGGCGGCAGUCCACUGCUUCACACACAAACAUUCACACUUACACCAGGAACACAGACAACACACACAAUCUCACUCGCCCUGUGCUGCAGCAAGCACACACACAUGCAUAUUUACACACAAGCACACAUGCAAUGUGAAAUGAAUGCAGGUAGCCAUAAGCUUUUGUUCGUGCCACACCAAGUGUGCAAAUAUAUGUCAGUCGUUUAUAUUUGCAAUUUACUGCAAAGUUUUCAUUGAAUAUUGUAUUAUAUGCCUGUGUUUUAUAUUUUAUUAUAAUUCUGUCAUGAUGAUUGAGAAGAUAUUCUAUAUUGCAGAAUGUGUCUUUGUUUUGUUUUGUUCAUCUUUAAUCCGUCUGCAUAAAGAGUCACGCUGGGUGGCCAGCUAUGUACACACUCAGCAUCUAAACCGAUACCCAAAUGUAUUGAAUUUAAACAGAGACGGCUCACACAUGGCCACAAAUGGGAGACUAUAUACAUUAUAAUGUGUAAUUCAAACAAUCAGCAGGGCAGUCUUGUCUGUGGCACACAGAAACCAAGCAAAUAACUGUUCCCAGUGCAGUGAAAGGAAAACAUGGUUGUUUUUGUUGCAUGUUAGAGCCUCGAUGGAAAGAGUAUUAUUCAUUUGGAACAUAACUUGUUUAUAUUCUGACUGAAUCUCACGGUUUAACUCCAUGUUAGUUCAUGACUGCUUGGCUGCAGGGUGGGAACAGGAUUUGAACUGUGACUGUGGCAGAAAGGAUGAGGCCUUGAACAGCUUGUCAAAGCCAGAGCUCUGUUGACGUGAAGACCUAGAGGACAUAUAAUGGCAGGUCAGGGAGUUGAAACCUAUUUUCAGGACCUUUUUAGAGUCUGCGUCCUGUGCUACAGUUUUACUGAGGACAUUUACAGUGAUGUCUUUGCUCUGUGGUAAACAGCAGGAUUGAGACUCUAUGAUUCAUGAUUCAUGUAUGGACUCUCCCCAAGGAUUCAAGUGCUUCUGCUGAUUGAGGAAUAGUCACUCAGAAACAGCGUGCAGUCCAGAGUCUGAGUCUAGCCUUGAGUAAAAGAACUUUGAGUGAUUGUGAUAAGCUCUGUAUUUAUACUCUCCUGAGAUGAGAUUAUUUUUUCCACGCUCAAGUUUAUUGUCCAGUGUUUGUUAUUACUGUCAAUCAAUGCUUCAAUCACUACCUCUAUAUAUAAUGUAUUAAUGACCAAGUAUUAGAGUAUUGUUGUUACUUUCCUCUCUGUUAUUUCAGACCUCGCUACGAUAACAAUGUUUUUAUUUACAUUUAGCAAUAAGCGCAGGCUCUGGGGCUGCAGUAGGUCUGUAGUGAUUACCACAGGUUAGAGGAGCUUAUAGGAGUUUUCAGUGCGUCUUAGCGAUCUGAAGGGAAGCUUUUUUUUUUUUGAGGAGAGCUGCACUGGUCCUCUGAGUACAGACCAGACACUGUGUGAUGAUGUGGAGCAGGAGACAGUUUCCCAAAACCUUUGUAGCCACUAAUCAUGACAAUUCAUGGCUUUAAGGAAAUGGUUUGACAUUUUGGGAAAUACAGUUGUUUACUGUAUUGCUGAGAGUUACAGUCUGGACAGUUAAUAUCAAGCUGCAGACAGCAGCUAGUUAGCUUAGCUUAGCAUGAAAACAGGAAACAGGGAAACUGCUGGUUCUGUCCAAAGGUAACAAAAUCCACCAACCAGCACUUCUAAAGCUCAUUAAUCAAUAUGUUCAAUAUAAUGAAAAACAAAAUGCCAGACUAUUUCUUGUCUGGGAGCAACCAGUGGACACUUAGAUUACUGCCUGGCCCAAAACUCAACUGUAAGAUGUUGAAUUGUCUUUUUUUUUUUUUGUGUGCAGGUUUUUAAAAAUUACAUCUAUAACAUGUUAAUUAGUGUGCUUUAGAGAUUCUGGUUUCUUGUUUCCUUUGCUCACUAAUGGUGAUUGCUGGUAAUAAUUUUCUCAUCAAAUUCACGCUAGGAAUGCAAAAACGUAUUCCCCAAAUGUCAAACUAAGAGUUUUGCUAACUUACUGACAUAUUUGCACAAGAAUGCAUUAAUUGCAUAAAUUGAUCAAUCUUUCAGCCUUCAUUUGUUAUUAUAAUAUUGCAUUUUGUGAGUGAGCAAAUCAAUGUUUUGGGAAAGCUAAGAGUCCCUGAACUCCAGUACAGAUUGCACUUGUGUUUGAGAUUGAAAAGCACACACUGUACGCUGUUCCACUGGAAAAACUUGUAAUGAGGAUUGAAGUGAAGCAGCGAAUGGACUCCAUGCAUGCAGACAUACAUAUCAAAAACAUUCCACCUGAACGACUCGAGGUGCUUAGAUAUAAGGAAACUAUACAUUAUAUUCCAGCUGGAUGCACUGGGACCUCCAGUGAUUUCAGCAUCACAACUCCUUGUGUCAGUAUCCUGGUCCUGUGUCAGUAUCAAUGUGCUUUAUAUCUAUAUCUAUAAGGUAGUCCUGUUCUAGCCUCCAGUGUCUUAGCAGCCUAUAGAGACCCCUUACUAAAGUAUAUAACAUUUUAUAAUCUCUAAUAUCCAGCCAUGACCUUGUGUAUGACGUAGUGCAUACUUUAGAAAUGUAUUUGUAACUUCAUUUUAGCUGUUCUUAAAUCUCUUCUCUGCAAGUAUGUUGUACGACUGUAGCCAAUGUAUAAAGAAAAACAACACUCUUUUUUUGCUGCUACACCAUUUGUGCCCUAUUAUGAUGUCUUUGUAGAAAACAAUGCAGUUUUAUGUUGUAUUAGUAUACUAUAAAUGCCAAUUAAUCAAGUCAAUGUCCACAUAAAAGUGUAUACUUCAUUGUCAAAUAUAUUGAAAAUGAUACAACCGUGAUGUUACAGGUGUUAUUAAAGGAAAUGUCUUAUUUUUCGUAUAUACACCUCUUGUUCUCUCCCUGCCACUGUUUAUCUAUACUCUGAUGUCCCCGUCUAACGUCCCUCUGGUUUGACCUCAUCUCU